UGGAGGGUGACGGUUCUUGCCUUCCUUGUGGCCGUCCAUGGCUUUGCGGGUUGUGAAUCGGACGGCUCAUUUCGUGGGGGUUAUUUAUACAUUUGCAAGAUGAAGUGAUUAGUUCUCGUGGUGAAUCGCUGAGAAGAUGAAAUUGAUCAUGUUGAACCGGCAGUGGAAGAUCGUGUUCCUGGCGGGCGUGGCCUCCUUGUUUGUUUACGUUCGCGUGACCGACAACGGCCAGGUGCAGGAGUACAAGCAAGGGAUCAGAGAAAGAGUCGAUUAUAUUAUGCAAAAUGCGCGUCUGCCUUCGAGGGGUGACGUGCAGGUCCUCCUGGAGGCUCUGGACGACGCUCGAAGAGGUUUCAGCGGAAAGCAGGACACACAGGGCGGAAUGCCGGAGACUACACUGAGGAGUGACACAAUUAUCCACCAAAAGUCAAACGCCUCUUUGGAUUCCGAAGUGACAGGUCGUACGUCCAGCUCUGUGCCAGUUAGCUCCGUCAGGAAAUCAAAUCCAACUAAGGAAGUCGUUUUCCCCAGUGUUCAUGACUGCAACAUGACGGCGUACAAGGAACAGAUAAAGAACCACAAGGGCCCGACGAUCCCGACGAUGAACGUGUACCCGUGCAGGUCAUGGCACUACCCAUCUCGCGACACUUCCUGGCCCAUUGUUGUCGAACCGACGAAGGGAAAAAUCCUCGAAUCUAUUUCGCUGUCACACGUCGAGGAAGAGGCCCGGGAGCUGGUUGAAGAGGGCAUGGAGAUCCAGAAAGCGCGAGUGGCUCGUCUGGCGGACACCUGCAACAGCCAUCCAGAACUUUUCAUCCGCCAGUACGUGAGCCUCGUCUGGGACACCUCCAGGUCGCCUCCGCUUGUCUACUGCCCCAUUUAUAAGGUUGCGUCAACCACGUGGAUGGUCUAUUUCCAACGCCUGGCCCACGUGAAUGAUGACAACCAUGCCUUGGACAAGUACAAAAAGGCAGGAAAGGAAAGGAAGAAGUACAUGCCUCGGUUUGGAGGAGGACACCGCCGAGUGUUUGAGGAGUACAAAGCUCCAAGCACAUCCAGAGAGAAGAACCAAGUCUUCCAGUCAUCCUUGCGAUUUCUAGUUGUCCGUCAUCCCUUUACCAGAUUACUCUCCGCGUAUAGGGACAAGAUCGAGCGGCCGAAUCCCAAACCGUUUGCACCGUAUUUUGAGGACCUUCAGCGUGCUAUAAUUCUCAAGUACAGACCGCCAGACAGCAACAUUACAGCUACUACACCUACUUUCCCAGAGUUUGUCGAUUACAUUAUUGAUUUCACAGCCAAUCUGACAACCGCACAGGAAUGGGAUGAAAAUGUUGUAUGCUGGACGCCUUACUGGGUGCAGUGUGGCGUGUGUUCUUCGGAUUACCAAGUGGUCAUCAAACUCGAAACCAUGACGGAAGACGAGCAGUUUCUCGCCCAAAUUGCCAACUUGAAAGAAAUCCAAAAUGUGUUUGAAUGGAGGAAUCACAAGAAGUUUUCUAAGUCGUCGAAGGAAGUUUUACCUGUUUAUUAUAAAAGUCUGACCAAGAAACAGAUUCUUCUCCUAUAUGAAAGAUUUAAAAUUGACUUUGAGCUGUUUGGAUACACGGUAGAAGAAUAUUUAGAUUAUAGUGAUCAAAAAUAGAUGUGUGACUUUUAUAGAAUAGUAUAGAUGUUAGAAAUCUCAUAUCAGUUUAAUCAUGCAGAUUACUCUCCGCCAUUUUGUCAUUUUGUAUAAUAGGAAUUCUGUUUCACCAUCUCUGAAUAAUGAAGAAUAGGUUGCUGCAAUUCUUUGAAGGUGCAACUUUUCACACAACUAUCAGAUCUUUAUUUCUAUGUUUUUGCAACUUCUAAAUGUCGUACAAUCUUUCUCAGUAUGUUAAAACAUAAUUUGGACACCAGGAACAUGAAAGAAACAUUAUGUCUACCCAGGGUAUUUAUGCAAAUUAUACAAAGGAGGCAUUUUUUAAAGAUUUCAGUCAUAGAGAAAAGAAAGCAAGAAAGACACGACCUCAUAGCAAUGUAAAAGAAUUCAAGCCCCAAUGUCCUAUCUUUGCCAAUUUCCGUCUUGUAAAUGCUAGAGGCAGGAAUAAAGCGACCUAUUUUUCAUUACCUUGUUAGUUCAUUUUUUUUAGUUUAUUUAUUUAUUUAUUUAUUUUUGUGUAUCAUCCACAUCUCAGGGAAAACAAUUACGUUUUCCCUCUUAAUCGUCAUCCCAUUCUCCUUAUUUAUGAAACUUGUUAUUAUCAUAUGUAACUUAAGAUCACACCAUUAACUGCUCAAAUGAUAUCACACUUAUAAUAAAAUUUUCUCUAUUU